CACCCAGCGAGUCUGUCUUCAUGCUGCGCUCCACUCGCUGACUCGCAGACGCCAACACCUACAGAGUUUCCCAAGGACGACUAUGUCUUGCCACGCGUUACUGUGCCAAGUCUUGAGGUGCGCAACAUGCUACAUGCCUCAUGACUGACCACAGACUCCCAUUGAUCCUGCACUCCUCUUGCAGCGCAUGGAACAGCUCAGCAAGCAGGUGGACUUGCUCCUUCGCGACAAACACGCUGUUCUCGCUGCUACAGCCGCAGAAUCAGCUACAGACCGUACUGUGCAACGACAAGUCCUCGAGUCGAUUGCAGCUGCUACGCGUGCACGUAUGGAACGCAGCGCUCAGCCAACGACUACAAACACAGAUGAACAAGUCAAGGAGCUCUCUCAGCGUCUAGAUGCGUCCCUAUCGUGCUUGGAGCUCAUGAAGAUGGAAGUCAAGCAACUCAAGCUUGAGCUGGCACAGUGUGCCGACCACGAUGAGUCCUUCUCUGAGGUUGACUUUGCACAGUUUGACAUGGCAUCUGAUGAGUCGUCCAAGGAGGAGGUGCGUGGCGAUGUGCCGUUUCCGAAGCUGGAAAAUGCCUUGCGUAUUGCUACACCGCUGCCAUCGCCUGCUGAACCAGGUGCAGCUUCUGCGUUCAUGCGUGCGCCUCUUGAGCGAACAGUGUCUGUGAGUACGACUGCAAGUGGUGGCUCUGCCAUGCAGGCCAACGCAGCUGCCUUUGCCAUGCCCAAACCGCGCAAAGCUGGCAUGUCGCGUCAGUCGUCUGACUCUGGCAACAAGAUCAAGAAACCUCCUACCCCUCGCUAUGAGCAUCUCACCUUUUUCCCUGGUACGAGCAAUACGCCUACACUCAACGAAUCCGUCAUCUGGUCACCUCCGUCACCAAGCUCGGAAGGUCCUGCUGAGAGCUACGACUCGCGUCACGCACAAGGCACAGACUGGACGUCGAUUGUUGACCGUAUUGUGUACAGUGAUGAUCAGCAAGCUUCGGUUUCCUUGCAGCAACGCCUCAAGAUCAGCAGUCCUGAAGCCAAGAGUGAUAUUGUGGAUGCCAUUGUUGAGCAGGCCUUCGCACUCAUGCUGAAUCGCUUUGGCAAUUUCUUGAUUCAGCGCUGUUUUGAGCAUGGCACUGCGGAGCAAUGCACGCGCAUUGCCACGACCAUUCUAGGCAAUGUUCUCGUUUUGAGUAAAGAUGCAUUCGGCUGUCAUGUCGUGCAAAAGGCAUUUGACAAUGUGACUGAAGAAAACAAGGUGGCCAUGGCACAUGAGUUGCUUGCAGAAAUCAAGGAGACCAUUGUGCACCGUCAUGCCUGUCAUGUCUGGCAGAAACUGCUUGAAGUCAACUGGCGCGGUGGGCGACCGGACAUCAUGGGUAUCGUCAACAAGGAGCUUGUGGGGUGGUGGCACAAUGUUGCACUUGGCGAGACGGGUAGUCUGGUCGUGCAGAAUGUGUUUGAGAAUUGCAUUGAGGAAGAGCGACGCCCAUGCAUUGAAGAGGUGAUUGCGCACGUUGACUUGAUUAUCCGUGGACAGUGGGGUAAUUGGGUCAUUCAACAUAUUGUUGAGCAUGGACAACCAGAUGACAAGGAACGCGUGCUUUCAUUCAUCAUGGAAAAAGCGGCCGACUAUUCCGUUGAUCAGUACGCUUCCAAGGUGCUCGAAAAGGCCGUCAAGAGUGGUAAUGCAGACAUCCUGGAGCGCUACCUGACCGCCAUCACACAACCUGGUGACCGUCAACGUCCGCGCAUGGCUUUGAUUGAUAUUGCCUCGGAUCAGUACGGCAACUACCUCGUGCAGUACUUGCUGAGUCACGGAACCCCUGCACAACGAGAGACGGCAAGCAACCAUAUACGCAAGCACAUGGUGUCGAUGCGCGGCAGUAGGUACGGCGCGAAAGUUGCUUUUACAGUUGAACGAAUGCGCGCCAUGGGGUAUGAAGGGACGACGCCUGAGCAAAUCAAGGCUUUCCAUGAGCGACGCGGGCGCGGUGGCUCUUAUUCUGCCAGGCGAUGAUGGCGGAAAUUGCAUUGCAGCAUUAUGACAUGUGUAUUAUCUGCAGGCUGAAGUGGUGGUGUAGCCAGCUCUCCUGCGUGCAUCGUUUUAGCUUUUAUCGUCUUAGCAUAACCAUUU